AUGACAAAUAUGCACAUCAAAGCUGAGAAAGAUCUGAAGUUAGAGGAAAAGAGGCCACUUUCUGUAGCUACUGUAGAAGAAGCACUAACUGCUACAGGUUUUGGGAAGUACAACUUCGGCCUACUGCUAAUAUGCAGCUGGACACUUCAAGCGAUGGGCAUGGAUCUCUUCGGCACCAGUUUCGUGGUUGCUGCUGCUGUUUGCGAUCUAGAGCUGAGCUUGCAGCAAAGAGCAUUGCUCACUGCUACGCCUUUAGUUGGUGUUGUUCUUGGGGCUCAACUAUGGGGCUACGUCUCUGAUACUAAGGGCAGAAGACUUACCUUAGUAUUGUCUAUGUCAGUUGGCUUCGUAUUCGCUGCAUUAAGCAGCUUUUCACCAGACUGGAAGACGAUGGCGGUCAUGAAACUUGUGUCUUCGACUUUCACGUCAGCUAGCAACUCCGGCGCAUAUACUUUGCUUGGGGAAAGUUGCCCGGAACGCUCUCGAGGUCGCAGUAUGCUGCUGUGCACCUGCUCUCUAAUGUGUUCUCAAGCUAUUGUUGCUGUUUUCGCCUACCCAAUUCUCCCCAUGGAAUUUGCAUACUGGAUCGACUUCCUGGGCAUCAACUACCGCCCCUGGCGCCUACUUGCUCUCGUCAUGUCCUUACCCUGCGCGGCCACUGCCUUCCUGCUCCAAUUCUUUCACGAAAGCCCCAAGUUCUUAGUAUCCCGAGGUCAGCCCGACGAAGCUUUAGCUGUUCUAAAGAAAAUCUACGCUUGUAAUACAGGACACAAGGCUGAUCAGUUUCCCGUCAAGAAGCUGGCAGAAGAGCAAGAGAAUACUGCAGCUGACACUGGAUCUUUCCUCUCCAUCGUUUGGCAACAAACAACGGCCCUAUUCCGAGGACCGCUACUCAAAGACACCCUCAAAUUGUUCUAUCUUGUUGUCGUGAUCUACAUGACUGGAAGCGGCUUCAUCCUCUGGCUACCGUACAUCAUGAAUAAUCUCUUCUCUGUCUUGGAAACUGGAGGAGGCAGUGGGAUGAAUCUCUGCACCGUCAUUCGAUUUUCUACAGACAGCCUAUAUGUUGCUGGAAAUGACACAGCCGUACAAGAAAUCUGCAACGACACAAUCCAACCGACCACCCUCAUUUCGGCAAUGUCGUACGGGGCUCUCGCAAGUUCUUCCAACCUGGUACUUUCCCUCACCUGCGGUUCCAGAAAGCGUCUCGCCAUGAUGGCGAUAGUCUUUCUAUCUGCUGUCUCAGCUGUACUGCUGAACGUAGUGUCUAAUCCAAUUGCUGGCGGUGUGUUCUUCUUUCUGUUUCUACUGUGUGCCUUGUCAAUGGGAAUUCUCAGCGUUUACUUUGUGGAACUUUAUCCUACUUCUGUCAGAGGAAUGGCUUCGUGUCUCUCCGUGAUGUUGGGACGAUCAAGUGCCUUCCUUGGAGUCAACGCUAUAGGAUAUCUCAUUUCUGUCGAUUGUGAAGCCACCUUCUACGCCUGGGCCGCGUUACUACUCAGUGCAAUAGCGGUGACGUGGUUCUUGCCUAGUGAUAAGAAGCCGUGA